GCUGACUUUGGAGCAACACCCAGAGUAGAAUGGAAGUUCAGAAAUCUGAAGGGCUUUCAGUAUUUCAUCUACUUUAAUAACAAACCAACUGGUAUAGAUAAAAACUUCCCUGAUGUCUUCAAGUAUAUUUUUUUUUGAAUAUGAACAGCGCAUCACUGUGUACGCUGGAGGACUGAGAUUUCAAAAAGUAACGCGAGCAGACGCUGGAGAUUAUAACUGUGAGGUUUCUGGAAACGGUGGAUAUGGAGAGAAUACCAUCAAACUUGUAGUCUCUGUUCCUCCUUCCAAGCCUGUAUCCAGCAUUCCUUCAUCAGUCACAACAGGCAGUAACGUCCGCCUGACUUGCUUUGACCCAGUUGGCUCUCCUCCAUCCACCUAUGAGUGGUACAAAGACAACAACCUCCUCCCUGAGGACCCAACCAAGUUUCCCAUUUUUAAGAACCUCACAUAUAAGAUGAAUGCUUUCAAUGGAAACCUGGAGUUCUUGAGUGUGUCUAAGUGGGAUGCUGGCUCAUAUUUUUGUGUGGCCAGUAAUGAAAACGGUGUCUCUCAGCAUGGUGAUGCAGUGAAGAUGGAAGUUUAUGAUGUAGACAGCAGUCAAGUGCUGGAUGUGAAGAGCAACUUGAGCAUGGAGACACACAACAUUCCAGGCAAGAUCACCAACAGCCACAUAAUGGAAAAACAGUAUGGCGUGUUCAUGUUGCAGGAGGUGAAGCUAAAACUAGAGAUCCAGAAACUGGAAUUAGAAGUGACCAAGCUAAAGCUGGAGCUGCAAAAACUUGGACAUGAAGUGUAGAUGAUAUCAUUCAUCAUUACUGCUAUAAGUCAAAGAACUUAUUUCAUGUGCUGAUUUCAGAUGUUAUUGUAAUUACAUUUGUUUUUAUACAGCUGGGGUCUGUUUUUCAUACCUCACUUAAAAGAUCUGUGAUGAUUUGACAGAUAUGGAUUUUUUUCAGGAUAUCCGUGUGGUCUUAAAGUCUUAAAUCUCAAAAACUCAAAUUUAAGCCUUAAAAUGUCUUUAAUCUACUGAAACAUUAUGUUGUAGGUCUCUUUUUUUUUAACAUGUCUUUUUCUUUGUUUAUGUAUAGCUACCCUAUCUGGCUAAAACCCAUACAUUCACCAACAAUCCAUCACAAUAAAACUUUUAACUUUUUAUUUAAAAAUAACAUUUUUUUGUUUAUUUGCUAUAAUGGUUUUAUUAUUUUCCUAACUAGUAUUUUUAUUAUUAAAUUAUUAUUAUGUAUGCAUUAUGUAUUAUUAGAUGUAUGCAAUUGUUAGAAUUUUGAUUUGAUAGGGCAAAUGUAAAUCUUUUCCAAUAUUCAAAAAAAAAAUAAAUCCUUAGUGUUUAUCCCUGUACAGGUCUAAAAUUAAUUCAUAAUGUUUUUCAUAUUCAUUCAUGGGUUCAUUCAUAAUGGUCUUGAAAAUGUCUUAAAAGUCUUAAGUCUUUAACUUGGAAAAACCUGUAGAAACUUGUGAUGACAGACCCAGCUUUGCCAAUCAGAUGAACACAUCUGAAUGAAUUGAUCAGAGAUUACUGCGUGAGCUCAAGAUCAUUCAUUGAACUGGCGAUUAACUGGCGCCAAGACAACAACAUUAUUAUUGACAUCAUCAGAUUCAAUUAUCAGUCUUGUAAGCAAAAAAAAAAAAAAAACAAUUUCAAUGUAUAAAAGUGUUUGUUAAAUGAAACGCAAUAUUUGUUCACCCUUUAUAGUAUAUUGGUUUACAAUUUUGUGUGCAUUUAGUAGUGUAUUUAGUCUUGCCUAUAGGAUGGAUUUGCUAUAUGUGAAGGCAUUCAAGUUUCUUAAUCCCUGACUAGUUAAUUUAUAGUUGCUAAUUUAAAUUAAUCAAAAAUAUGAUAAGUGGUCUGCAUCUUCUGCAUUACACCACAUAUUAGCUGUCAACAUUCAGAUUUACAUGUGUGCAUGACUAGAUCAAAUUUAUAUCAUUAUUUAUUCACAGAUAAAUCUCUCAGUGAGAAUACUGGCCAUGUGUAUUAUCAUAAACUUUCAGAAACGGAGGUAAACAAGCUAGGGUGAUAUUGUUUCAAUGUAUGUGUUUACCUAAAAGGUCCAUAUACAGACUUAAGUUCCUAAAAAUAAAAGUGUAUGGUCUGGAGCCAUACCCCCCUGCAGUUACACCUUUAUUUCUGAGAAAGAGGUUUUAUGUUCGUUGAAGAAAUUAAGAUAC